AUGGCGAGCAAGGAGCCCAUUAUGAACAUCAUCCCCCGGCGCGGCCGCCGCGUCAGAAUUCUGGUCAAAGACUCAACGCUACUGCAGCUGCGGCGAAAACGCGCGCCAAGAAAAAGAACGCUCGACCAUUUGGAGAAAUGGCGAGUCUCGGUCCUACAGCGUAUCGGAGAAGUCGUGAAUCAAGAAAAUGAGUCUGGGAAAAUGGCUGGCCCGGAUUCCGCUCCAAAGAAAGAUGAUCUUCCGCUCGAAGAAGACGAGGAGAGAAAGAAUGUCCUCCGUCAAGUAUUCCAUCCAAUCGAGACGCCACUCCGCCAGCUUCCCAAGGCCACUAGGCUACUGAUUCUUCAUUCUCUCAUCCUCUUGCUUUUGAGUCUCAAGCACUAUAACGCCUACUCAAGAGUCUUGCUGCUGCAUGUUGCAGCUAGUCUCGAUAUUGACAUCAGUGUCUUGAAUGAUGACGAAAAGAAAGUGGCUCGGGGGCUUCUGGAUGCCGUGCUUGCGCAGUCUCAGGAAGCAGGCAAACAACCUGAGCCUACCAAGAAUGACAGCUCCCGCAAGUGGAAGGUUGGACUCGCCUCGGUGGCCGGUGCCGCGCUCAUCGGUAUCACUGGAGGUCUGGCUGCACCGCUGGUCGCUGCAGGUAUUGGAGGCGUGAUGGGAGGCUUGGGUCUCGGUGCCACUGCAGCGGCUGGAUAUCUUGGUACUCUUGCUGGCAGCAGCGUGCUUGUUGGUGGACUCUUCGGUGCAUAUGGAGGCCGGAUGACCGGUCGGACGAUGGAAAAGUAUGCACGUGAAGUGGAAGACUUUGCUUUCAUUCCCAUCCGAGGACAGCAGAAGUCUCAAGUGGAAGACGAGAGUGAUGAGGCGAAAGAGGAUCACCGUCUCCGCGUGACAAUAGGUGUCACUGGUUGGGUGAAGGACGUGUCUGAUUUUUCGGUUCCCUGGCGAGUUCUCGGAGACGACUCAGAGGUGUUUGCGCUACAAUGGGAGACCGAAGCCAUGAUGAACCUCGGCACUGCUCUCACGGACCUGGUGACAAGCGCUGUAUGGACUGUUGCCUCGCAGAAAAUAAUCAGUCAUACGGUGUUUGCGACUCUCGCUUCUGCGGUGUUUCUGCCGAUGGGCUUGAUCAAGAUCGCGAGGCUGGUCGACAAUCCUUUCAUUCUGGCAAAAGCCCGAGCCGACAAGGCUGGUGAGGCACUCGCCGACGCUCUGAUCAAUAAAGCUCAGGGAGAACGUGCAGUGACAUUGAUUGGCUACUCACUGGGUUCUCGUGUCAUCUAUUCUUGCAUGCAGACCUUGUGCAGAAAAAGCGCCUAUGGAUUGGUGGAGUCGGUUGUUCUCAUGGGAUCUGCGACUCCUGCAGAUGUUGAAGCUUGGCGCCGUAUUCGAAGCGUUGUGAGCGGGCGGGUUGUGAAUGUAUACUCUCAGCACGAUUCACUCCUGGCGUUCCUCUACCGCACCAGUAGUCUUCAGGCUGGAGUCGCUGGAUUGCAGCCCAUCGAAGGCGUCUCUGGUGUUGAAAAUGUCGAUGCCACCGAGAAAAUCAACGGUCAUCUCAACUACCAAUUUUACCUGGGGCAGAUUCUUGACUCAAUUGGCUUGCAAGAUCUCGAUCUUGAUGAGGUCAAACGCGAAGAAGCUGCCGGGGCAGAGGAGAACAAGAAGCAGGAGGAGGAGCGAGCUCGUAAGGAGAGCAAUGCUCAGCCAGAGGACAAGGGCAUGUUCGAUGCGACCGAUGAUGACAAUGAUCCUCAAAAGAAUGUCCAAAAAGCUCCGUUGUCACAGAACCAGGCUAAUACCCACUCGAAUGACCAUUCCAAGGACCAUUCUGACGACCAUUCUGACGACCAUUCUGACGACCAUUCUGACGACGAAGGAACUCACCAUCGAAUCCAGAUGCUGGAUCUUGACGACUAA